UAUCGUUUGGUGUUGUCGUCAUCGUCGUCACUGCAAACGCUGCAUAGCCAGCCAGCCAGCCAGCAAGCCAACCGACCAAGCAACCAACCAGCCAGCCAGGCAGUCAACCGACCGUUCGUAUUUCGGCAUUAUUGUGAAGAAUACAUCUAUCUCCUCAUCGAGUUACGUCGCAUGUGAAAGACAGUUUAGCAAACAGUAUCGUGUCGGUAGUUGUCGCGAGCGCUUGCUUCUAUUACCUAUACAUUUACCUAUCGAAGAUUAUUAGCAGAGCGCUGUGUGUUCUCCAUCACAGCGACGACAAGUGUUUGUGGUGUUCCAUCCUAGAAUUAGUGCAGUGUAGUUGUAGUCUUUAGAAUCUUUUGAGGUAGAUCAAAACACAACACAAAAUUGCAAAAAGAAAACACCAACAAACAAAAAUCAAAUUGCAAAACAAAUAAGCCUUAUAGUCAACUAAAAUAAAAAAAAAAAACAAAAACAAAAACUGCAUAGCAAAUUUAAAUAGAGAGGAGCAAAACUCAAAAUUCAAAUCUACAAACAACUUAAAAUAAACUAAAAAAAAAAAACAAAUAUUUUAUUGAACACAAAAAUCAUCAAGUAAAGAAACAAAGUGCUAAAUUAAAAUAAAUAAAUAAAAUACAUUGUCGAUUUUCCAUUACAGUGUCGAAGUAGCUGAAAUUUCCAUUUAGGAAAAGUCGUAAAUCAUUGUACUCUCUGUCGCUUGUCUCUAUCUCUCUCUCUCUCUCUAUUCGACACCUUUUGUUCUUCAAUGAAAAGUGCCCUAAAGUGUGUUCGUUUUUAUUGUAUUUGAGACAAAAAAAAAUAAAGAAAUACAGAAAAGAAGCCAGUAAUUAAAAAAUGCAAUAAAACAAAGUAAUUAUUUUAAAAUAAUUGUUAAAUAAAUUUGUCUACGUAAAAAAAAACAAAUGUGUCAAUAAAACAAAUUAACAAGAAAGAAGAAUAUUAAGUGAAAAAAUACAAAACCCGGAUAUAUUAUUUAGUAAAAAUCAUAUAUACUACAUCCUCCAAGUGAUUUCAUUCGUUUUCUACGUUUUUUAUGCGAACCAUAUAACCAAUGACCUAAGCUUUUGUGUAUUGUUCCGCUUUAGAAUCGUACAAAAUAAAGUUAACUCAAACCAAAUAAAAAAUAAUAAUAAUUAAAAUCUAGUUAAGUGAUCAAGUAUUGCCUUUUUGUAAAAUUGCGCAAAAUUAGUUGAAAUCUACACACACACAUACGUAUAAAGUAAGAUAAUAAGAAAUAACUCCUUUUGUAAGUGAUCGGAUACGCAUUAUUACUUGUGGCAUUAUUUAUUGUUAGAAUCAAUUGAAUCUACGCACACUCUCGCGCCACAUUCUCCAUUCGUUCCACAGAGAAUCUCUAUUCGAUUUUUCUACUCGUCAUCAUCGUCAUUACCAGCACCAUCAGCAUGGACAUGAAAAUCGAUCAGCAGCAAUCAACAACCGCUCAACAGGAAUUGGCAUCGCCAUCCGAGGUGCCAAAUGAUCCAGGGAAAAUGUUCAUCGGUGGCCUUAGUUGGCAAACAAGUCCAGAGAGUUUAAAAGACUAUUUUAGCCGUUUUGGUGCAAUUUCUGAGGCUAUGGUUAUGAAAGAUCCUGCGACGCGAAGGUCGAGAGGAUUCGGCUUCAUAACAUUCAGUGAUCCAGCGAGUGUAGAUAAAGUUUUAGCUCAAGGUACACACGAAAUAGAUGGUAAAAAGGUCGAUCCAAAAGUAGCAUUUCCCCGAAGAACACAUCCCAAAAUGGUGACGAGAACGAAGAAAAUAUUUGUGGGUGGCCUAUCGGCGCCCACAACACUGGAAGAUGUCAAAAGCUAUUUCGAACAAUUUGGUCCGAUUGAAGAUGCUAUGCUUAUGUUUGAUAAGCAAACAAAUCGACACAGAGGUUUUGGCUUCGUUACAUUUCAAAGUGAAGAUGUGGUAGACAAAGUUUGUGAAAUUCAUUUCCAUGAGAUAAAUAAUAAAAUGGUCGAAUGCAAGAAGGCCCAACCCAAAGAAGUAAUGUUACCGGCAAAUUUGGCUAAAACUCGUGCUGCUGGCCGUUCUGCUUACGACAAUAUAAUGUGGGGCCUGGGGACAUUACCUGAAGGCUUCCCAGCGGCCGCUUAUGCUGCCUACGCAGCCGGCCGUGGAUAUUCGGGUUAUCCCAGUUUUGGUUUGCCCUAUCCAACCGUGGAUUUGAGUAAUGGUCAGCUAACGCCAAACAAUAAUACACCGUUACUUACUCAAGCUUUAUCGGUAAUGAACAAUUAUCAGGCCGCCGCUGCAGCUGCUCAUAGUUUUGCCGCCCCCUCGGCAUCGCCACACACCACUACAACACGACAGGGGUUUCCCUCCACCAAUUCUCCGGUGCCCGCCAUUGAUAUGUACAGUUCAACGGCCGCCGAUAAUGUUGGCUAUGUACAGGCCACCAGUCCCCAGCCAUCAGGGUUCCCCAUAGCCGUGAGUCGAGCUCCCCUCAACUAUAGUCCGAUCUAUUCGUUGAACUUUGCGAUGGCUAAUAUAUAAGACUGAAAUCCUAAAGCAGUUGCACAAGGGACCACUAAUUCCUGCGGCAUUUACAAAUGGUUACCAUUAAGUGGAGGCAUCGACCGCAACAAAUAAAAAUAAAACAUUAAAUUUCUGUUAAACAGCAACAAUGACAUGACCAUGGCUAGCUACAACAGCAGCAGCAGCAGAAACAACAACAGCAACUACUACGAGCCAAUUGAACAUGUAGAAGAAGAAGAGGAAGAAUAACAACAACAUCUGUUACAAAAUGUUGCAACAAUUUAUAACAAAAACAAAAAAAAAACCAAACCAAUUACACCAAAUACAUAUUUACAUCAACUCUUACUAUAUAUAUAUGAACAGAAAAAAAUAUAUACAUAAUUAUAUAUAUAUACAAAACAAUCUAUAUACUAAUAUAUAUGAAAAACAAAUAAUUUGAAUUAUAUACAAUAACCCUAUCCCAACCCCAAAAAACCAAAACAAAAAAACCCAAACCUCAUCUGAAUGCAAAAGAACAACAAGAACAAAACUAUAAACAUGGAUAAAUGGCAUUAUAUUGUAUACAAAGACAGCAGCAGCAACAACAGCAACAAAUGAUGAUUAUAAACAAAUCGAAAAGGUGAACAAGAACAGCAGUAGCCAUAUUUACAGCAACAACAAACAAAUGUCUACAAUUGCAAACAAAAGGAGAGAAGAAAAAUUGCAACCACAACAGCAAUAACAACUUAAAUGGCAUCAAGAAUUAACAACCACAAUGAACGGCAGCGGCAGCAGCACCAGUAACAACAAAUAACAAUUUCCAUUAUUAAUUAAAACAAGGAUAGGCUUUGGACAUUUUUGUCCUUAGCCACAAAGCAAUGAUUAUGAUGAUGGGGCUGGCUGGAUGGACUCAAGCAAUAUAAUUAAAUGGUGGUUUGUCUGCCAGAUGACUGGACAACCCUUUCGAUAUUUGUUAAUAAUUGCAAAAAGAAAAACAUAAAAUUCAAAUAAAACAAAUUGAGUCUUAAUACAAAUUGUCUAGUAAAAUUAUAUUACCACAAUUGAACAACAACCAAAAAAACAUAAAUGAAAUUUUUAAUUAAAACCCCAAAUAAAACAGAAAAACAAAAAAUUAUAACCAUAAUGAGAAAAUUGACAAAACAAAAUAUUAUUAAAAUAUAUUUAAUUUUUUUAAAUAACAACAAUUUGUACUCAAGCGAAAUGCAUAAGAUGAUGAUUAUGAAACAAAAC